AAAUAUAGAGAGCCAAUUAAGAAAUUUUUUACAAAAAAAAAACUAGUUAUAAACAAGAGAUAACCAACAAAGUCAAUAAAAUCCAAACUUCAACCAUAAUUUCCGGGAUGAAGAGAGAUCGGACCAUAGGUCACAAGUCACAACUAGCUUUGCUCACUCCUCACUCCUACAAAUUGAUUAAUAAUUUAUUGUAGUUAAUUAGGGCGUCAUUAAACGUCUCUCUAAUCCUGUGGUCCAUUUAACACUAUUUAAUUACAUUGCAUGUGACUACAGCUUCAACCUAGCGAUCAUCGUGGCAUUUUCUCAUGAUAUCAACUGCACUGCACUGCAGCAGCCUCUUAAAUAUAAAACCAAAAAAGAAAAAAAUUAUUUAAAAACAUUGCACUCUAUUAUUUACAUAGAAGAAGCUAAAGACAAAGCAGAGAGAGAAGCAUACAAAAGAGAGAGAUAAGAGCGCGAUGAGACGUCAACCACGUCCACGUCCCUCUCCACCGCGUUCUCACUCGUCUCCGUCGUCAUCUUCAUCGGAGUUUGAGUUCAACGUCUCAAUCUCUCCACGAAAAGCUUCUUCUUCGCUUUGCCCCGCCGAUGAGCUCUUCUACAAAGGCCAGCUUCUCCCUCUUCAGCUCUCCCCUCGUCUCUCUCUCGUCCGUACACUCUGUUCUUCCACUUCUUCCUCUGACUACACUUCCUCUUCCUCCGCGGCACGUGACUCCACCGAAUCUUCCUCCUCCACUGAUUCCACGGCCUCUUUCCCUCUCCUCCGCCCUCCGCCGCUCGAUGGCUGCGACUCUUCCCGUCCUAGCUCUGUAACCGACGAGGAAGAUUCGUUCUUUAAGCCGACGAAGAAGAACACUAGCGGUGGUUUCUCACUCUCUAGAUUCUCCGCUGUUUUCAAGAAAGAACACAAAACCGUCUCCGCCGCAGCUCCGUCGUCGGUGAAGAGAAUGAGCUCCACGGCGAAAGAAGUUAUCCGCAAAUACAUGAAAAAGGUCAAACCUUUAUACGACAAACUAUCUCAGAAACAGAGCACCACCGUGAAAACAGAGCAAUCAUCUCUCAAACAUUCCGGCAACAUCCGAGGAACCUCCACCGCCAUUCCGGCCGCUGGCUCCAGCAGCGGAGGGCUAUCUAUCUCUUUCUCAGGAAACUUAAUGAAAUACACGAAGCGAGGACGAUGUGCGGCGAGCUGUCCGUCGUCGAUGAGGUCGUCUCCGAGUCACUCCGGCGUGCUGACACGUGGCGGGUUUCCGGGUCAAGGAGGAGGAGGAGGUAGCUGCAGCAGCAGCAUCAACAACAGUAUGUCUUCUUCGAUGGAAGAGCUGCAGAGUGCUAUUCAAGGAGCUAUUGCUCAUUGCAAGAACUCAAUGAUGCAGAAGAAUAUGGUUAGUAGUCUUGAGAUCUAGUUUGAUGCAUCCAUAUAUGUUUUGUUGUUCUUGUCUUUCUAGACAUUUAAAACAAAAUUUAAUCUACUGUUUUGUCUUAGAAUUGCCAGUGUGAUCCAAACAUCCGAUAUAAUUAACGAUGCUAUUGGUUACUUUAUCUGUUUGAUUAACUUAACUCAGAAUAAGACAUUGUAGUUGGUGGUUCAUUUCAAGAUCCAUCUUGGUUUUAAUUCCUUUUCAUAUUAUUAUA